UCAUCUACAGCUAGGUAAUAAAUAUUAAGAUAUCAACAUGCAGCCAAAUAUCUGACUAGAGGCAAACCAUAGAAUAAAAAUCGACAUUCCUCAAUAAUGACUCAAUAAAGUAUUUCACGCAUCAUCCUCCGAGCCUUUUUCCCAAACUAUGUUGGGGUCGGCUUCCAGUCUAACCGGAUUCAGUAUUUCACGCAUGAACAAAAUAUUAAAUUAUACUUGAAGUGAUGGUCAAUUGACUUUUCAUCAUUAAUUGCAAAUGAUUUUCACUACGACGGUAUACAUUUCAACAUUGAGACCAAAUGAUCUCUAGAUAAAUCUCUAAAAGGACACAUUUUUAGACAGUUUUUGGAAAUGAUACCAGAUGUGAUCUCUACAGCGCUAACACUAUGUUCGAUGGCGGUAACUGCUUCUCACUGGCCGGACCCACAAAAUGAUCCACUGAUGUAUAUAGCAAACCCAGUGGAAGCAAAAAUGCCCGGUCAUUGGGUGCCUCUCAGUAUCCUAAAGGUGAUCCUACAAAAGAAAGCUAUCCCCGGACCCUAUAAGGAAUCGGGAAUUGUGAAGCAAACGAAACGACCUCAAAAACAUAAAAUACCACAAAAACCUAGGGGUCCUCAAAAGGAUGAGAUAUCUAAAAAACCGAAGGGACCUAAGAAAAAUGUGGAAACAAAUGGCAAGAAGAACCAGCCAAGUUCAUCAAAAGUUCACUCAGAACAGAAGAAACCCCCAAAAGGGAACUCAGGCGAACAUGACCCACCAAAAGGAAACACAGACGAAAAUGACCCGUCACAUGACAAUCAAGAAAAUGAAGAAGUAGUGGAAAAUGAAAACACUGAAUCACACACGGGCAUGGAAAAUCAAGAGGGAGAAGAAAAUGAAAAGGAAGAAGCAGACGUCGAAACAGAACCACCAGAAGAGGAACCACCAGAAGAGGAACCACCAGAAGAGGAACCACCAGAAGCGGAACCACCACAAGACGAACCAACAAAGAAGAAGAGAAAACGUAAACCCAAACAUAAUACACAUCAAAACAGUCCCAGUCGCUAGCCUUGGAAAAGUUUUUUUUCUUAACAGAACUUUUAAACUUAUAAUAACUAGGUAUACAUGUACUACUACCUAUUGACAUUAUAUUUACUUACUAGCUUCUGCCAGCGACUUCGUCCGCGUUAAAUUCGGACUUUGUGUAAAGAGAGGAAGAAUACUAAACACCAGCCAAUCCAAUUCUAAAUCUAUGCGUACCUACUACUACUUCAUCUAAAAAGAAAUAAAAUGAAAACUAUUAUAUUAAUAAAUAUAUAAUAUUGUAAUUGAACGAAUAUUUAAACACUAACAAAAAAACUAAUUCUUACCUAUUUUUUAUAAAAUAACAAGAAAAGAAAGUUUAAUACAAUAGUUAUUGGUUAUACAAGAGUGCAAAGUUGCUUUUUAACCGCGGGCUCAAUUUUGAUGACCGAGCAAGCGAAGGAUUCUAAAAUUGAAACACGAGCGUAGCGAGUGUUUCAAUAAUUAGAAUCCUGAGCGAUAGCGAGGGAAUCAAAAGAGCACAAGGUGAAAAAUCUUUGCACUCGAGUGCAACACGUAACUUUUCAUCCCACCUCAUCGAGGAAAUUACUAAAUGCAAAAAACAAAAUUUCGCGCACAUAAGAAUAUUAAAUUAAAAAGAAGUAGUACCUAUUAAAGUUCAUUUUUUUGAAAAUUCAGUUUAAAAAUGAAACGAGGUUAAAAAUCGAUGUAAAAACAAAAAAAAAAACUUAAUUAAUUGAAUAAUUCUUUUAAGCAGUAUUUUAUUUGUUUAAUAUGUAUUUGUUUGAAAAGUCUUAUCAAGAUUGUCACAAAUGGAGUAUUGCACACGAUGUUCUAAAUUCAAAUCACUUUGCCGCUCUAGAGGAUAAAAACGGCUUUUGCGCUCAGAUAUCAAAGGGUAAAACUACUCUUUCCGAGAUGGUGGGAUGAAAA